UAUUCGUAAACAACAAGGUUCUGUGUGUUAUCCCAUGCACUCAUUCGUAAACAGAAGAGGCUAUUGGAGAUUUUUCUUUCUGUUUAUCUUUACCAGGACAUUAUGUUUUGUCUGUUAUUCGUUUCGUUGAGGAAAUUUUAUUUUGAUGCUUCGCAGAUGGACCUACGAAACAUACAUACAAACAAAGAUAUAUCCACCGACUUCUCCUGGAAGGCAUUCUAGAAUCUUAAAAUAUCCAUGUCAUACAGUCGAAAAAUAUUUGGGAAAUAUAUAAAAAAAACAGAAUCCUGAAUUUAUUCGCAAUUGUCUGUUGUAAGUAAAUAAACAAGGAUGUGUAUAGAUACUCUUUUUUGAUUUAAGUGAAAACAGAUCGUAAUGACGGAAUUACUUUGCCGGUUAUGUGCUAAUCCAUGCACAGGCAGCAGAUACAAGAAUCUUUAUGACGACUUUGAAGUGUACAACCUUACCACCAAAUAUUUUGAUCCAAUGUUUCUCAAUGCUAAUUAUGAAAUUGGUGCAAUAUGUUUCAAAUGCUGGUAUUCUAUGGUUGACUUCCACAAAUUACAAGAAAAUUCAAAUCGCAUUCGAACACAACAAAUGAAAAAGGAUGACCAAUUUGAAUUCUACAAACAAACAAUUUGUCCAAUAUGUGAUUGUGAUUUAAAGGAGAAUGGAAAAAUGUCAAAUUUGAGCUAUGGUGAUUUGGCGCAUAAAAAGGUGCUUAUUAAAUAUUUUAAAACAGAGGCUUCAAACGACGAUUUAAAUAUUAAAAGCAUUUGUUUAAAAUGCUGGAGUCGAAUUUUUAAGUUUCAGAAAUUUCAAGAUGAUGUGCUAGGGGCUCAAAGCAAAUUUAUUAAAGAUGAAGUGCGCUCUGACGCUGCAACAUCCGAUGUUACAAUAUAUAACAUCCCCAUAAAAACUGAAAACUAUAAUCACAUAACUCUGAAAAACACGUUGGUUAUUAAUGAACCUGAAAAGACCUACCUACAUGAGUACAACUCCAAUUCAAAAUAUAAGGAAUCAGAUGAAUAUGCACAGAAUAUCACGAUGAACCACAAUUUUGUAAUCAAAGAAGAGCCUGAAUUGCAACUAUUUGAUGUACAUGACGAAGAUCAAUCAGAGUCGAACUACGUGGAUAAUAAUAUCAAUGACUCUUCCAUUGACGACGACGAUUACGAUGAACAUGACCCUUUGAAAAAGACUGAUGAAAGAAGAAAAACCAUCCCAGAACUUGAUGCCAUAAUUGCUAAAUGGAGACCAACUUUAGAGUGUUUAGUAUGUGGUGUGGUUCGUCCAACCUUUUCACUUUUGCAAAAACAUUUUUCUGAUAAACAUCCCAAUAUUAAAUGUCAUAUAAUCUGUUGUCAAUGUAAGCUGCAAUCUCAUUACUACAUUGAGGAACAUCUACGUUACCACGAAGAUCCAAAUAGUUUUAAAUGCAAAAUAUGUGGUCAUACUAAUAUUACAAGGCUUCGUUUGAAGCGUCAUAUGGACUACUGGCACUCAGAAAAAAAUAACAAGAAAAGUAAUAUGACCGAAGAUCAAUCGAAACUACUUUGCAAGGAAUGUGGGAAGAAUGCUAAAACAUUAGGAGCACUACGAAAGCAUAUGCACAGACACGAAGCAAAGCGUAAAUUCAAGUGUACGAUAUGUGAUAGAGGGUUCAGGGGUCGUACUGAUUUACGGACACAUCUAGCUUCGCAUGCAAAUAAUACUUGUUUUAUUUGCUCAUUGCAGUUUAAAAAUAUCACUAAACUAAGGGCUCACCAAGCGAAUGAGCAUGGUAAUUUAAGUGAACGAAACGUAAUAAAAAUUGAAAAUGAAUUGAUGUAAAAUAACCUCAAGAGAACAUUGAUCUUAAUAUCAUAUAUGUAUAUAAGUGAUACAUAACGUUGCACAUAAAAUAGGGAUAUAUAUUCAUAUACUUUUACUUUGUUAACUUGACAAAGAUAUUUAAGUUCUAAUCCAUCACUCGAUACACAUGUCUAUUUUUAAUUAUUAUGCAUUUGAUUUCUAAUAUGAAUUUUUAUCAUUACUUGCUAGAAUACAAGCCAUAAAUUGUUGUAUACAUAAAGUAAUAAAAAAUGUAAUAUAAUGAACAUUAA